AUGAGAAGACCCAGUCAAAUGAUGAGGCUUCUUCUAACAUCCUUUUUCGGGCUUAUAGUCGGUUUCCUUAUGGGUAUUACUUUCCCAACCCUUACCUUAACUAAGAUGAAUCUUCCAUCCACCUUGUUUCCCUCUAUUGAUCUUGCAUACAUUGAGGAUAAGUACUCAGACUUAUCCAGACAAAGACUAUUUGGUUCUUGGUCUUCCACAAAGAGCCUCAAACUCAACCAAGACAUUCCUGAUCCCCCCUAUGACUAUAAUGACACUAAGAUAUGGGUUCCUACUAACCCCCGUGGUGCUGAGAGGCUACCCCCGGAUAUAGUCACGCCUGAAUCAGAUUUUUACCUUCGUCGGUUGUGGGGCGACCCUAAUGAGGAUAUAGCAAUUAAGCAGCGAUAUCUAGUAACAUUUACGGUUGGUUAUGAUCAGAGAAAAAAUAUAGACGCUGCGCUGAAGAAGUUCUCAGAUAAUUUCACUAUAAUGCUGUUUCACUACGAUGGUCGGGCCAGCGAAUGGGAAGAAUUUGAAUGGUCCAAACGAGCCAUUCAUGUGAGCAUUUGGAAACAAACAAAAUGGUGGUACGCCAAGCGAUUUCUUCAUCCUGACAUAGUUGCCCCCUAUGAAUAUAUCUUCAUAUGGGAUGAGGAUCUUGGCGUGGAACACUUUGAUUCGGAAAAAUAUCUCACGGUGGUGAAGAAACAUGGUUUGGAAAUCUCGCAGCCUGGGUUAGAGCCAUAUGAAGGGCUCACAUGGGAGAUGACAAAGAAAAGAGACGACACUGAAGUCCACAAGCAUGCUGAGGAGAGGAAUGGCUGGUGCAGUGAUCCAAAUUUACCCCCUUGUGCAGCGUUUGUCGAGAUUAUGGCUCCUGUUUUCUCCCGCAAGGCAUGGCGCUGUGUGUGGCAUAUGAUUCAGAACGAUUUGGUUCAUGGAUGGGGUCUGGACUUUGCGGUUAGGAAAUGUGUUCAGAAUGCGCAUGAGAAAAUCGGGGUUGUAGAUGCUCAAUGGAUUAUUCAUCAAGGUGUUCCAUCACUCGGGAACCAAGGACAACAAGAGCGAGGGAAACAACCAUGGGAAGGGGUGAGGGAAAGGUGCAGGAGAGAGUGGACGAUGUUCCAGGACAGAUUGGAUAAUGCAGAAAAAGCUUACUUCGAAGCAUCUGCUCACAACAAUGCUUCUUCACGGCUUCACCGGUAA